CGCCUUCCUCCUCACUCCACCUUGCUCGUAGUCAAAAACAGCCAGAGAGCUUUCUCUUCGCUUCUAAAACUCAAAAGUCCACCGUCGUCUCCUCCGCCGCCGUCUUCCCCAAAUCCGAUACUCUUUCUCUGCAUAUCGAAGCUUCAACGCCUUCUUCUUUUUCCAGCUCUUGAUCUCCGGUAUUACAGAGAAAAAUGGCGUAUGUGGACCAUGCGUUUUCGAUAGCAGACGAGGACAUUGUUAUGGAUUCUCCGUUCCCCGUCAACAAUCAACCUCCUAUCAAGGAGAUCGCUCUUUCUGUUUCUCUUCUCGUCUUCGGCAUGAUUGGAAUAGUCGUUGGUGCCUUCAUGGCUAGUAAUCGAGUCGGUGGUGAUCGUGCUCACGGGGUGUUCUUCUCGUUGUUGGGAGCUCUCUUGUUUAUUCCAGGGUCCUACUACACGCGGAUUGCCUACUAUGCUUACAAGGGCUACAAGGGCUUCUCCUUUUCCAACAUUCCCCCUGUCUAAAUGCUCCAAGUUCCUAACCAUUUCUCUACAUUUGUACAGAUUUUCUUCUCCAGAUUUCUUCAUUGUCUACGUUGAUUCCACCUUCCCGUUUCCCUUUGACUACUCAUUACUCUGUAUCCGUUUACUGUCGUUGUCGUUGUCGUUGAUAGUUCUUCUGUUUCUUAAGGCCUAUAUGUAUAUAAAUUGUUAAUUUCAGAUCACAAUCGAGGCAUUUAUCUAUAUAAUCUGAAGUUUCGCUAAUUUUUGCA